AUGUCGUUCUUUAGAUCGCUACAGAACACACCCGCCACCAUCUCCAUAUUCCACAAUGCUCACGUGCCCACACUGGCCCGCGUGUACGCAAAUUUGGAAAGGGCGUACUUCAAAUUGAACGAGGACAAAAACCUCUUCCAGAUCGACUUGAUGGCCAAGGCCAUGCCCACGUACCAACAGUUCAAGGACAUCCACUCCCACUGUGUGCACUCCGAGGAGAGCAAGCAAGUGUUGAAGACUGUGUUCCCGCUUUUGAACGACAAAUUGACCAAGUCCAAGGACGCGUGUGUGACGUUCAAGGCCUUGGGUAUGCACAACGAGAGGGGCUUCCGUGUGUUUUCGCAGAACGAGUACGACAAAAUCCACGAGGCCUACACGGAGCUCGUGGCUCAGAAAGAGCCUGACUUUGACCCCUCGCUUGUGUUCCGCGCGCCCUUGCUUGUAGACUGGGACCAGAAUCUCAUUGCCUGUGACGAGGAAGGCUUGGACGUGAUUUUGGCCAAGUACCGCCAGGAGCAGAGUGACGAGCACUUGAGUCCGGCAUGA